AUGGAUAGUUCUAAAUCUCAAGUAGACGAUGUCACCGUCCUCAAAUCCACAGGUGAAGAAGUCGAAAAUGUCGCUACCAAACAACUCACCCUCCUGGAUACCUACCGCUCCUACACCCCAGAAUUCUCCAAAGAAACAGAAGCUCAGCUCGUGCGCAAGAUUGAUCUUCGGCUUCUUCCCCUAACUGUUACUAUUUAUCUCUUCAACUACCUCGAUCGCAACUCCAUCACCCAAGCUCGUCUCAACCCACGUCAAGGGCGCGACGUACCAGACGGCCAGUUCUAUCUUUUCUGCUGGAUACAUCAUGAUGCAGCUUCCAUCAACGAUGAUUAUGACAAAAAUACAGCCUCAUAUUUUCUUGCCUGGCUUCCAGCAGGCCUUCUCGUCGUUCGCUUCAUCCUCGGUGUCGUCGAAGCCCCAUUCUUCCCUGGAGCUAUAUACUACCUUAGCACAUGGUACACCAAAAAGGAACUCGGUAUUCGAAUGGCGUUGCUCGUCUGUGGCAUUCUCUUGUCCAAUUGCUUCGCCGGUUUGAUCUCCGCGGGUAUUCUCUCAGGAAUGGCUGGUGUCGGACAUCUCGCCGCAUGGCGAUGGCUCUUCAUCCUUGAAGGUCUCGCUACUAUCGUCAUCGGAGUGGUCGCGUUCUUCCUUCUUCCUGAUUACUCUGAGAUCCUUGGCGAAGAGGAGAUCACUAUGAAACAAGCCAUACUCUCAGCUGUUCGUGACUACAGAAAGCGAUCUCCCCACGCUGCCAUCUCUGGCCUCACAGCCAUCGCCGCUACCAUCGCACUCGUCGCCAUUACAGACCAGAAAUGGCCCCGGUACGCAUUGACCUUCCUCGUCAGUGCUGGAACAUUUGGGAUUUACUCUACGACUUAUCCUUGGCUGUCUUCGACGAUCGUUCAACCACGAGUCAAGCGUGCGGCUUCAAUUGGUAUCGCGAACACACUUGCAAACAGCGCUUCACUUUUCGCAAACUACUUCUGGCUUGACCAGUAUGGGCCCGACUUUCGUGUCUCUUGGGCUUGUAUCUUGGCUUUCCAAGGAUUGGGUUUUGCUUGUAUCAUGGGGCUGAGGUAUUCUCUUAAGCGGGCUAACAAAGCUUUCGAUGAGUUGAGUGCAACCGUUGAUGAGACUAGUGAGGAGAACGUGAACAGGCUGGAUAAGGAUUCUCAGAGAGCGGUUCUGAAAGGAUUCAGGUUCAUUACUUAG